AUGCGGGUUGGACCAACGACGCUCAGUCUCGCGGAUCCAUCAUAUAUCCAAAAGAUAUACGGGGCAGGCCAUGGGUUCGAUAAGAGCGCAUUUUACCAUCCUUUCCAAGCCAAGGUUCAAAACCAAAUUGGCUACAACCUCUUCACAUCACGAGAUCCUCAAUUUCAUGCCAGCAUCAAGCGACCUGUUGCAGAUGCUUACGGUGCUAAAUCAAUGAUAGAAUAUGAACCAUUUGUAGAUUCUUGCAUUGUCAAGUUUGUUCGAAGGCUUACUGAAGAGUUUGCUACGAAGCAAAGAUUACCAUGCGAUCUCGGUUCAUGGUUUCAGUACUUUGCUUUCGAUGCGAUCGCCGAGAUGACGAUGGGCCAGUCGUUUGAAUUUCUCGAUAAAGGACUCGACGUAAAUAAUAUGAUUCACCUUCUCGACGCACGUUUGGAUCUUAUCGCACCGCGCUCACAAAUGCCUUGGAUUGACUGGAUCUUCGAGAAAAAUCCUAUCGUGAGCUUGUUCAAACAGAAAAGCUCGUCCUUCUUCAUCUUCGCUAGCCGGCUGGUCCAAGAGCGUGCACAACAGCUUAAAAUACUAAAGAAAGAGGGCAAAUCUUCAGGAGCUCGUCUCUUCAUCGAUCGCUUUCUAGAAGCGCAACAGAAGCAUCCCGACGUAGUCGAUAAUCGGGCAGUGGGGAUCUACACGACGAGCAAUAUCGUCGCAGGAUCUGAUACGAUAGCAAUAGUGCUGCGGACUAUAAUGUACAUGGUUCUCCGCAACCCAGACGUGCUGAGGAAACUUUUAGAGGAGCUGGAUGGAGCGCAACUCAGCGUUCCUGUGACCUGGGAAGAGUCGCAGAAACUACCUUAUACUUCAGCCGUGAUUAAUGAAGCGCUACGAAUACAUCCACCUGUGGGAUUCGGUCUUGAACGUGUUGUACCCGAGGGCGGCCUCUUACUGGAUGAUGGAGCAAAUAUCCCACAGGGAGUUCAGGUGAGCAUGAACGCAUGGGUUUUGCAUCAAAACCCGAUAUUUGGAGCGGAUACUACGAGCUUUAAGCCAGAACGUUGGUUGAGGGACGAGAGUGAAACAGAGAGUGACUACCAAGACCGAGUCGCGGCAAUGAAAAAGGCAUGGUUACCAUUUGGGCAUGGGUCACGAGCUUGUAUGGGAAAGCAUAUUAGUUAUUUGGAGAUGUAUAAGCUAGUGCCGACGAUGUUUUUGGAACUUGAAUUUGAGCUUUGUGGGGGAGUGGAAAAGAAGUGGAAGACAAGGAAUAGCUGGUUCGUGAGGCAGUGGGACAUGGAUUGUUAUAUCAAGAAGAGAUAG